CUGCCUCUGCGGAAAGAGUAGCAUAAAUUUAAUUGCGUUCGUUCAGGAGUUCCGUUUGACGCCCAAAAUAAAUAAUUCAGAGCAAGUGAAGUUGCCCAAACGUAUGUGGUUGCAGAACCCAAUAAAAAAUCAAAACAAAUAAUGCAAUUUUUUGACAAGUCGACCUACUGUUUACACUUUACAGUGCCUCAGCCCUUAGCAGCCAUUUUCUGUCAAAACAUGGAGAAUUGAAGAAGAAUUUCAUGAAUUUCAAGUUGCUUCGUGCAGUUUAAUUGUCUUUUAUCGUGAGAAACGACUGAGCUAAAUAGGGUUCUUUAAUGACAAACAUUUUAGCUUUUUAUUUGGGAAACAAUGUAAAUUUUUCCUCUUUCAAUACAGACAGAAGAUUGUUCGAAAGUUUCCUCGUCGUUAAUCCAUUUUUCUUUUCACUGUUCAAGAAUUUCAAAAGAAAACUGAAAUGGAACUCUUUAGAACUACUGAAUAUUACAUCUUUCGACAAGGAGAGCACAGUCUAUGGUGUAACAGAAAAACUGGUCAUUUAGAACCGAGAACAGCCUGGGACCUGACAAAAGCUGAUGAUCCUCAUUGCAUGGGCCUUGUCCAUGGGAUAGUCGGCAAAUUAAAUUCUUUUCCUGACACAGAUCCUCAAUUACUAGUUAUAGAAAGCUGCAGUCUUGUUGGCUAUGUUUGGAAAAAUCAGCCUAUUUUUAAAAUCAACAAAAUCGGCCUGCUUUCUCUGGGUCAGCAAGAAGCCGAAAUCACUACUCAUCCGUGUUCGAAACAUAGCAAUUCUGUCGCAUUCAACCAAAGAUCGGAUGACGGAGGAAACAAACCCUCACACAGUUCUAGGCAACAGGAAGCUUUAGCCAAGACUUGGGGUUCCAUAAAGUCCGCUACCAAAUCAUUUAAAAGUACAACUGUUCAAGCCGCUCAAAGAAUUGGAAUUGAUGGAAGAGAAGGCGAUCGCGGGGCCAGGAAAAUUUGGGAUGAAAUGGAAAAGAUGUUCACUCAUGCAGAUUCUUUUUAUUUUUCUCCUACUGUCGAUCUGACCAAUUCUAUCCCGGUUUUGGGUGAGAGCUAUAAUUCAACCAAUGUUUCUUGGCGAUCAGCAAACAGCCGUUUCUUCUGGAAUAAAUAUCUUCUCAAAGAAUUGAUUGAUUUGGGGGAUCCCAAAGCUGAUCCCUGGAUUAUCCCUAUUCUUCAUGGCUACAUCCAUAUUGAUACUGUACCUGUCGUGCUUGAUGGGGUAACGAAUUUCAAUAAGCCUUUGACUUUAUUACUUAUUUCACGUCGUUCACGAAAUCGAGCUGGAACCCGAUACAAACGCCGUGGAGUCGACGAAAAUGGUUACGUUGCAAAUUAUGUGGAAACGGAACAGUGUCUCCUCUUCGGAGAUCACAUUUUAUCAUUCGUGCAAGUCCGAGGAUCAGUUCCUGUAUUUUGGUCCCAACCAGGAUUCAAAUAUCGUCCACCUCCUCAGAUUGAUCGAGGCGUGGAAGACACUCAGGUUGCGUUUCAACGUCAUUUUGAACGUGAGUUGCCCAUCUACGGAAAUUUGUGCGUCGUUAGCCUGGUGGAACAGAAUGGAAAAGAGAAGAUUAUCGGAGACGCUUUUACAGAACAGAUGAUUCAUUUGAAUGACGCAAGAAUCACCUAUGUAACUUUUGAUUUCCACGAGCAUUGCCGUGGUAUGCGAUUUGAGAAUGUCGGACGUCUUUUAAAUGGACUGGAAGACGUGCUUCACGAUAUGAGGUAUACGUGGAUCGAUUCACACGGUAUCAUUUGUCAACAGCAGUCAACCUUUCGAAUAAACUGUAUGGACUGCCUCGAUCGAACCAAUGUUUGCCAGACUGCUUUCGGGAAAUUAAUUUUGGAAGGUCAACUAAGCAAAUUAGGAAUCCUUCCUCCAGAAGGCACGUUCUGGCCAGCGCUUAAAACAGCGUUUAAUACAAUGUGGGCCAACAAUGGUGAUGUUCUCAGCCGGCAAUACGCUGGAACAAACGCCCUAAAGGGUGAUUUUACAAGAACUGGUGAAAGAAGGCUUGCGGGAAUGAUGAAAGACGGGAUGAACUCAGCUAAUAGGUAUUACCUCAAUCGAUUCAAGGAUACGCUGAAACAGACAGCGAUUGAUCUUGUGCUCGGAAACAUCCAGCCGGAGGAUGCACUGAAUAUUCUAUGCGGCCAGAGUAACAUGAUGGAAGAUGACGAAGAAGUUGUUUUGCAGACAGCCGAUAGAGUUCGUCAGGUGAUCGAAGAUUGUCGCAAACAGUUUGUUAGUCCAGAAGAAAUCAUUGUCGGUUCUUGGGGAUUGGUCGAUGCCCAUCCCGUCACUGGAGACCCCACUCAGGUUGACAUGGAUGUUAUUGUCAUUCUGUCACGGGAACACCUUUACGUGGUUUCGUACGAUGAUGACGUAGAUCACGUCAGAGCAUGUAAAAUAUUCUCUCUGGCUGAUCUGACGAAGUUGGAAGUCGGAUCAGAAGGUAAAUCAAACUUGUUGUCAAAUGCUGGCGUGAAUUUCCUCAAGUCACCUAAGCGUGAAGCGGCUUCUCCGCCGACUUUCUUCAUGCGCGUGCAUGUGCGAAAUUCGUCGGAUGAGGGAGAAGUUUUACAAUUUCGUUCGACCAGACUAAGAUUUUUUAACAACAUGGCUGUUCCCAUUUGCAAGACAGAGGAUAUGAACGAGUCAUUAAAGGCAAUUGCCGAAACCAUUCAUGUUACUAUGGAUAUAUCUCAGUUGUCGAUUCCCUAUGUGGUCGGCACUUUGGAAAAAAUCUCACUAAAAUCCACUACAAAAAUUGGGCACAUUGAAGUACCGCUUUGGCAGGGUGGAUUCCCACGAAAUGCAUCCGAAGGGCAGCUGUCUGCAUUUAAACAAGCUGGCAACAAGGCAUUAUCCAGCGUUACCUCCCACUUUUCCCGUUUGAAACCUUCAGCAAUAUCACGCAAUUUAGGCCGUUCAGUCAGUAAAAAGAAGGAAGUUUCCGACCAAGCGAUAGAGCUUCCGACAACUGGAUUACCUAACCCAGAAUUGCGAAUGCCUUCUAGUUAUUCUAGUUUGAACGAUCUCACAUCAUUUUCAGUAAUCAAGGACGUUUUACAUUUACCGUCAGUUGGCGUCCUAUUCCUCACUGGCAACGAAAUUCGGUUAGAGGUAACCGACCAUUUGCUCGAAGAAACGAAGCCGCUCGAAAAACCUCCGCAGCCUAAAGUCUUACUCCGUUGUGUUAGCGCUGGACAAUUUGAUAGCCGUUGCUUGCCGAAAGGGAAGCGCAAUGGAGAGCUGGGCAGACUCGACGAGCAUAUUCGCUUGAUUGUAACACCAGAAAUUCAGAUCAGUACAACGGACGGCGCAGAAAAUACCAGUCAAGCUUCCGUUCAACGGCUGAAGCACUUAUCUCACUCGUCGGAACGCAUUGAAUUACGUGUUGCAGCUGAAGAGUCCUCCAAUCUACUUCGUGCCUCCUCCGAGACGAGCUUGGGCAGUAAUCCAGUCACCGUAGAAAUGAAAAAUUCAAAAUCCAAUCACGAAGGAUUACUUCCAGUCGGGACCAACGUUUUGGCCUCGUUUAAAAUCCCUAGUUCACACGGAAAGUUCAAUAUGGGUAUUCUCACGUCGCCUACUAGCGUUAAAGGAAAUCCACUUGUGAUGUUGGCUAAAGGUGUCCAGAAUCUAGGCGCCAAUCUUGACCCUAGAAAAAUGCUGGACACAAAUAAGAAGGAUACAUCGAUCAGCAAAGAUAACGAGGAUGAAGAUGUAACGAAGCGGAAUAUCUGCACAAACACUAGAAUUAUUCGUCUUUAAUAACCAGAUUUGCACCGCAGUCCCUCCUAGCGAAACGUGGCUUUUAAAACGUAUCGCUGUAUCGAACAUUCCAUUAGCAUUCUCGCCUCUAUCAUUUCAGAUAUUAUCGUAGUAGUCUAAUGUUUUAUAUCUUGGUCCACUCAGUACUAGUAAGUAAUUUAUGCUGCGAAAGACAUGCAAGUGUCUUCAAAAUGCUGCUCUCACAUAGGAGCUCCACUCAGGCCCUUAUUAUUGAUGGAAGAUAUCAGUAUUUCUGCGAGAUCGCAAUUCACGAUGUCUAGUCAUCAAUCCUGUGUUUGCUUUUGAGUCAAAAUCGAAUAUAUGAUACAGGGCGUUCUAGAAAAAAAAAAAUUAAUACUCACUUCAUAUUAGACCAUGCUUUACGAACAUGUAUAGCUUGCGUUGUAACAUUGUGCGUGUUCACUGAAUUAAAUUUUUUCCUAUCUUGAUUUGAAAUACAUGUUCUUAUGCGCGCAA